CCAACGAGAACGACAACGACAGUGCGACACAAUCCGCCAUGUUGCCGACCGCAACCGAGAAGUUUGAUAAGAAAUUAUUACUUCUCGUGAAAGAAAACCCGGUUCUGUAUAAUACGAAUCAUGCCAGAUAUAUGGAUUGCAAUGCGAGGGAAGUUGCAUGGCAAAAAAUUGGGGAUGAAUUGAAGCGGCCCGCUGCUGAUUGCAAAAUUCGAUGGAUAAACAUUAGAGACGUGUAUCGGAGAAUCUUGCGGCAGCUAGCAACUAAUACUGGUCUUCGAAAAAAACAAUAUAAAUAUGAAAACGAGAUAUCAUUUUUGAAACCCUUCUUUAAAGAUAUUACAUCUUUUUAUAAAUACGAGUCAGACCAAGGCAGUGACCCUUUGAAUAAUGAAGAAGAAAGUAAUGACGGUUGUGAUGAACCUAUUCAGCCAAAAGUAGAGAGGAAAGUAAGAAAGAAAAGAAGAAGAGAAGUGCCAUGCCAAGAUAGCGAUGACCAGGAGGAUGAGGCUCCAACUAUUCUUACGGAUACAUCAAUGCCAACUGAACUUGACGCAUCUGAUCCCGUUGAUGCAUUUCUGCUUAGCAUCGGUACAACGCUAAAGACAUUUUCCCCUUAUCAUUUAAAUGUUGCUAAAAGUAAAAUAUUUUCUAUAGUACAAGAACACGAACUUCAACAAAUUGUUCAAAAGGAACGGUCAGGCACAUCUCAUGAUAUUAAAAGGAUAUCUUCUUCAGAUAAUGAUAUCAAUUUUAUGCAAUAGUAAUAACAUAAGUUACAUAUAAACACAUCAAGGCGAAAUACCCGAUAUGCAGAAGAUUACGUGCAUGCCACCAAUAAUGAAAUUUCAAACCGUUUACUCGCAUAUACCUUUGUUAGUGUAAGUGAUAAACUUAACAUUUACAUUAAUUACAUUUAAUCAAUAUUUACCACACACGUAAGAAAAAUAGAAAUAGGCAAUGUAUUAUAUAAUAAGGCAAGAAAGAAACGUUAAAAAAGUCAUAGAUUAAAUUAAUCGACUAAACUAAUGUCUAGAAACGACUAAUUAUUAUUUUAAUGUUUUUAAUAUUUAAAUAUUAAAUUCAUAUGCAUUAAAAAAAAUCUACACUGAUUGCACUUGUCUUGCACUCAUUUAACUAAAGUACUCGUUGGUUGGUGUGUUUACGCUGUGAUGAAAAAGACAUGACUACUUUAGUUAAAACAGUGCAAUAAGACUGAUUUAUGUUUUUGAGUAGGGGAAAAUAUAUUGCACCGUGAAUACACACGUACUAAGCAGUCGUACACAUGAGUACAUUCGAAAUGUUAUAUUUAUAAUUUACAUGGUAGGGGUUAAAGUGUAAUCGUAUCAAUUAACAUCUUAACGACUUCUCCGUUGGUUUAUUUGUUAGGUAUAUUUAGAAUAGUAUGACGUAUUUUAGAAUAAAUAAGUAUUAUAUAUAAUAUAUUAUUAUACAUUUGGCGACUUUUAUUAUAAGACAACGUAAAUCUAUUGAACAUACCUACAUCAUCAUACUAAUUCACAUAACAUAGUUCUGAUAUAAGACAAGCAAAAAAACAUCAGCAAAUUUUUGUGUACAUGAAUUGUAUAGUAGUUUUAAAUGGACUUUAAAAAACCAAAGGAGGUGGUUACAGUAAUAUUAUAUAGUGGUAAUUUUCUCAUUAAGACUUAAGGCCUUGCUAUAAAUGAUCAUACAAAAUGAUUUAGAUAAAAUAGGAUAUCAA